CAUGUCCAUUGGAAGCAAUAUAUGAUAUUUCAAUAGUAAUUAUCAAAUAUCAAGAAGGAUAUUUACCGAAUCCUUCUAAUCAAGGUGAAUACAAAUCGAAACCUCAAUCACUUUGGAGUAAAGAAAAUCAAGACUUUGUUGUGCCAAUAAAUUACGUUCUUUGUGCCACUCUCAGUGUCCAAACUUGCUUGUUAUUUUUAUUACAAUCAUUUUGGAAUUAUCUCGCAAGUAAUUUGACAAGAUCAUCAUUUAUGGGAAGUCUUGAAUUUAAAUUAUAUAUUGUGUUUUCAAUAUGCAGCGCAAUUCUCUUCCCUACAUUACAAUUUUUUUUCUCGUCAAAUCCAUUAAAUUCUGAGAUUGCACCACAAUUUGCAUACGGUAUAAUUAUGUUGAUAAUUGCAUUGCUAGGAUUUAGAUCUGAUCAUAAAUUUAAAAAACUAUUAAUGCAAACAAGACGCCUAAAUCCAACAGUUAAUAUUCUCAGUAAAUUAAAUUAUUUCAGAUAUAUGAAUCAAUAUUUAACAUUGGGAUUGCUUUCAGGAUCAGCAUCACUUACAGUGUUAUCAAUUGAUGGAUUGACAACAGCCAAAUAUUUAAAUGCCACCAAAAUCUAUGCAGAUUUACUUAUGGUUCAAUUGAAUUUUUCAAUUUGGGCUGUAAGGCACAUGGCAAAAGAAAUCAAUAAAUCUCCAACAUAA